UGUGGUGGGGAGCAAUCUUGAGAGCCUGCCUGAAGGAAGCGGCGCUUGGAGAGGCAGGGUCCUGUGAAACGGAGGCGGGGCUUAGGGACACCCUGAGCCGAGGCUGGAGGGACGGAGAGAGAAGGGGGGCUGUGGUGCUGCGCGGUAAUGCUGGGGCUCUGCCUGCAGGAAGGCUCACUUGGAAUGCUCGGGAAGUGCACCUGCCCGGGGGAGGGCCCGCCAGGGCCGCAGGCACAUGACUUGCCCCAGUCCCCGGGAGAUCGACAAGGUCAUGGCCUCCAUGACGCUGGGCCCCCUCAGCAGAGGCUGCAGCCUGGAUGAAUUACUGGAGAAAUGCAUCCAUUCCUUUGACACUGCCGGGGGACUGUGCCGAGGGGACCACAUGCUCAACAUGGCCUUGACCAUGCACAGCUGGGUGCUGUCCUCAGCUGACCUCGCCCAGCGCCUGCUCAGCAUGUACCAGGAGGCUAAAGGAGACCGACAAGAGCAGAGACGCCUGAAGAUCUGUAACCUAGUCAGGUACUGGAUGGGGCAGUACCCCGAGGCCCUGCACCUGGAACCCCACCUCGACGAAAUCCUCAGCAAGUUCUGGGAAUUGGUGAGGCAGGAGGGCAAUGCAGCCCAGAGAUGCUUGGGGACCCCACUUGGGCUACGUGCAGGGGUCCAGGUCAGGGGUCCUGAACUCUCCCCAGCCUCCCGGACCGGGGGCCUUGCUCCCCGGCUCAUGCGGGUUGUCCAACCCUGGAGGGCUCUUCUGCUGCAUCUUCACUUCCUCCCUCAGAGGCUGCGGCAGCUGCAGAACUUUAACACGCUCAUGGCGGUGACUGGUGGCCUGUGCCACAGCGCCAUCUCCCGGCUCAAGGAUUCCCACGCACAUCUGAGCCCCGACAGCACCAAAACCCUGCUGGAGCUGACAGAACUCCUGAGCUCCCACAACAACUACGCCCUCUAUCGGCGUGCGUGGGCCAGCUGCUCAGGCUUCCAGCUGCCCAUCCUGGGCGUGCACCUGAAGGACCUGGUCUCGCUGCACCAAGCCAUGCCCGACCGCCUUCCGGACGGGCAGCUCCACGUGGCCAAGCUCAACAGCCUCUACCUUCGGUUGCAAGAGCUCAGAGCUCUCCAGGCCCAGAGCCCACCUGGUGGCGUCAACCAGGACCUGCUGCAUCUGCUCACGCUGUCCCUAGAUCUCUUCUACACUGAAGAUGAGAUUUAUGAACUUUCCUAUGCCCGGGAGCCCCGAUGCCCCAAGACUCUGCCCCCCUCCCCCUUCAAAGCACCCCUUGUAGUAGAGUGGGCUCCCGGAGUAGCCCCCAAGCCUGACAGGAUCACCUUGAGUCGACAUGUGGAACAGUUGGUGGAGUCUGUUUUCAAGAACUAUGAUCCAGAAGGCCGGGGCACCAUCUCGCAAGAAGACUUUGAACGUUUGUCCAGUAGUUUUCCCUUUGCCUGCCAUGGUCUCCACCCACCUCCUCGACAAGGUGACGGUCCCUUCAGCCAGGAGGAGCUGACGGCUUACCUGCUCCGGGCCAGUGCCAUCUGCGCCAAGCUGGGCCUGUCCUUUCUGCACCCUUUCCAUGAGGUCACUUUCAAGAAGCCCACAUUCUGUGGCAGUUGCAGUGGCUUUCUCUGGGGAGUCACCAAGCAGGGCUACCGCUGCCGGGACUGCGGGCUCUGCUGUCACAGACACUGCAAGGAUAGAGUGGAGGUCGAGUGCAAGAAGAAGGUGGGAGCCAACCCUACUGGGCUCCCUCCACCACAGGAAGUCUCCACCACUGGUUCUGAAGAGAGCUCCCCUUACCCAUCACCUCCUAGGACCCAAAAAAGAGCCAACCUCCGUCACGCCUGGACCCAAACCGAGUCUGCCCUGAAUGGGGCCACCUCAGACAAGGACCCUACCCCCGUGCUAUAGGAGACACAACUGGAUCCCAGACUGCCGGUGCUGGAGCUAACGUAGAGCUGGAUGGAGCUGACUCAACACGGAAGCCAGUGAUUUGGGAGACAAAAGUCAAAACCU